GAAUAAAGUUUCAAGUAAAUAUCCAAACUACAGAUUUUACGCAUUACAGUUUUUUUUGCAGUUUCUGGAAAUGAAGUCAGUAAGUUCAGGCAGCUAGCUGGUGAGCUACUAAGUAAGUUAGUGAGUGAUUUUAAGUCAGGCAUGUGACAGAGCAGCCAAGUGUGAGGCCCUUUAGUUUUUGUCAGAGUGAACUUCCUGGUUUCAGCCAGGAAGGCGGUGCAGAGAGAGAGAGAGAGUGAGUGUAAAAGAGUAUGAAAUGUGCGCGUGUGUGUGUAUCGUUCUCACAUGUGGUCAAGGAUCUAAGUGAGAACCAGAAGAAAGACGGAGAAGAGGAGGAAAAGGAAGGUGAAAGGUUGAACUGGCCAAAGAAGAAGAGGAAGAAGAAAAGGAAAAUAAGAAACUAGAAACAGAGGAGGAAACAAGGGUGGGGGAGAAGGAGGAGGAAGAAGAGUGAGGAGGUGAGGAGGACCCAAACCUAUUAAAAUAAACCAAAAAAACAAACAAAACCAAAACAAGCCAUAACACUGACUUAGUGAGGAGGAGAAGGAGGAAUGCUGGGAGGGAUUAUCUGUCCCUCAGGACUGAACACUAAUCUCUUACACACACACACACACACACGCACGCACACACACACACACACACACACAAACGAGGACACCCUAUUUGUGUUUUGUUAAAAGACCUUCGGAUUAUGGCCUUCUCCACAAGGUGGCCGUGUUUAAAGUCCUGCAAGUGUUUUUGCUCCACUUGAAUUUCCUUUUUUAAUAUCUGUUGAAUCCCUCUUUAAUAUUUUCUAAGGCAGCUUUGUUAGUUGUAAGAUCUGUUGUCUGCCUUGUCUUUAGCUUUAUUUCUUAUGUUUCUGUUAGCUUUUUUAUGGCUUUUCUUAAACUUUAGUAUUUUUGGCCAUAUUACAGUUUUUCCUUGGUUUACUUUUUUAUGCUUCUUUGCUAACACAUACAGUAGCUAUGUUUUGUUCUAGCUAUCCUAACUGCUUUUGCAGUAUAUUGUUUGCCAAACCUUUAUUAUAGGAUAUCUAUGAACUAAUGGACUUUUCAGCUUUUCUUUGGACAAAGUCACAUUUUUUGGUCAAAAUCUAUUCUCUCAAUAUGUUGGCUUUUAUUCAUUAGUUGCCAAAUCUUAAGUUAUUUUAGCAAACAUUUUUUUCACAGCGAAACACUUAAACAAAUGUUAAACAAAUAGACCAGUUUUUAUUCCGUAUGAGCAUUCAGAUGAUUAUUGAUGGGACCGUUGGACACCUUUUUCCUUGGGAAGUUUUGCUGCUCACAGUGAAUAUCAUGCAAAAAACCUGCCACGUCAUGUGACGCCUGUGACUGUACAAUAGCCUGUCAUGGACUCGGAACUUUGCUUCUAUCUGGGACCUGAAGCUGCAUCAGUAAUGGAGGAACAAAGUGAAGAGACAGAAAAAGAAGAAAUUGUGUUAGAAAAAAUGCAUGAAGUUGAUGGAGAAUUCAGCUCUGGAUCCUCCUCCUCUUACUCCUCCUCUUGGGCCUCCUCUACUCUCCAGCCAUUGGCUUCUUCCUCUGCCCCCAUCUGCAUGGAUGAAGAGAAGGAGGUGCUCAGCGGCUGCUCCAAGUCCUUCACUGGACUGAAGAUCUUCACCAGGAGAAAAGCCAUCUCUAAGUCUGGCCUACACCACCUGCCCUGUCAUCCUGGCACAUCGUCUCUGAACAGGACUUACCUGAGUGAAGCCAGCAUCCGUAAUACAGUGGACUGGACUGACUCUGCUGUGUAUGGAGAUCAUAUCUGGUUUGAGACCAGUGCCUCUAGUGAUCAUUGUUAUGUGGGAGAACAACACUGCAUUGCCAGAGCCAUGCAAAAGUCGGUCAGUCGCAGGAAAUGUGCAGGCUGUAAAAUAAUCGCCCACACCAACUGCAUAGAACAACUGGAAAAGUUUCCCAGCUCUAAGGCCAUUCUUUUGGAGGCCACGCUGCCCCUCAGUGACCCGAACUUUAGAAUUAAUUUCAGGUGUAAACCGUCUUUCAGAGAAUCAGGCUCCAGAAAUAUCCGAGAGCCCACUUUGGUUCGUCAUCACUGGGUGCAUCGGAGACGACAGGAUGGCAAAUGUAGACAGUGUGGGAAGGGCUUCCAGCAGAAGUUUGCCUUCCACAGUAAGGAUAUUGUGGCAAUCAGCUGCUCCUGGUGCAAACAGGCUUAUCACAACAAGGUUUCCUGCUUCAUGCUCCAGCAAAUAGAGGAGGCCUGUCCAAUAGGUGCUCAUGCAGCUCUCAUAGUUCCGCCCACGUGGAUCAUCCGCGUCAGACGCCAUCAGUCAUCCAUGAAGUCGAGCAAAAAGAAGAAGAGAACGUCGUUUAAGAGAAAAAGCAGCAAGAAAGGAGCAGAGAUUGCACCUUUUUUCCAACAGGAAGGACGACAGUGGAGGCCGUUUAUAAUCCGCCCCAUUCCGUCUCCUCUGAUGAAGCCCCUGCUGGUGUUUGUCAAUCCUAAAAGUGGAGGAAAUCAGGGAACCAAGAUUCUGCAGUCGUUUAUGUGGUUGUUAAAUCCCAGACAGGUGUUUGAUCUGAGCCAAGGUGGACCAAAGGAAGGCCUGGAGUUGUAUCGUAAAGUCCAUAACCUCAGGAUCCUGGCCUGUGGAGGAGAUGGAACUGUGGGGUGGAUUUUGUCCUGUCUGGAUGAGCUGGCAUUAAACCCUCAGCCUCCUGUUGCUGUGCUACCCCUAGGAACAGGAAAUGACCUAGCCAGGACCCUCAACUGGGGAGGCGGCUACACUGAUGAACCUCUGUCUAAAAUUCUGUCCCAUGUGGAGGACGGAACGGUUGUCCAGCUGGACAGGUGGAACUUGCAGGUUGAACCCAACCCAAUUGCAGGAGCAGAGCCUGAUGAGCAGCAAACAGAUAAGCUUCCUCUGGAUGUUUUCAACAACUACUUCAGUCUUGGUUUUGAUGCCCAUGUGACUCUGGAGUUUCAUGAAUCUCGAGAGGCAAAUCCUGAGAAGUUCAACAGUCGUUUCAGGAAUAAGAUGUUCUAUGCUGGGACGGCAUUCUCUGAUUUCCUCAUGGGAAGCUCCAAAGACCUGUCCAAGCACCUCAGAGUGGUAUGUGAUGGGACAGAUCUAACGUCAAAGAUUCAGGAUUUGAAGCUGCAGUGUCUGGUUUUCCUCAACAUUCCCAGGUACUGUGCAGGAACCACACCGUGGGGAAAUCCCAGCGAUUACCAUGACUUUGAACCUCAGCGACAUGAUGACGGCUACAUCGAGGUCAUCGGAUUUACCAUGACCUCUCUGGCCACCCUCCAGGUUGGAGGUCAUGGUGAGAGGCUGAACCAGUGUAGAGAAGUGACCCUCACCACCACCAAACCUCUGCCUGUACAGGUGGACGGUGAACCGUGCCGACUCGCUCCCUCCACCAUUCACAUCAGCCUCAAGAACCAGGCCAACAUGGUUCAGAAAACCAAGAGACGAACUUCACUGCCACACCUGAAUGAUCAGCAGCCAGUUCCAGAGAGGCUGAGAAUCAGAGUGAGCAGGAUCAGCAUGUCUGAUUACGAGGCUCUGCACUACGACAAGGACAAACUGCGACAAGCAUCCAUUCCUCUGGGCCUGAUUGUGGUUCCUGGGGACAGUGACUUAGAAACUUGCCGUGAGCACAUUCAGCAUCUGCAGGAGGACUUCUGCUCUCACCACCCUCUCUCCUUUACAUGCUUGGGACCACAGGAGGAUGCUGGAAAACUGAAGAAUGUCUCCACGCAGAGACUGUCGCCAAAGUGGUGUUUCCUUGACUCCACAACGGCAGAUCGGUUCUACAGGAUCGACAGAGCACAGGAACAUCUAAAUUACGUCUCAGAAAUCUCCCAGGAAGAACUUUUCAUCCUGGACCCAGAACUGGUGGUUACCAUGACAGUCAGCACCUCUCCCACUACCAGUGCUGCUGAAGUGACACACACUGAUGCUGAGUCCAGUCAAAAAGACAACAGGAAAGACUCUUCUGAUCAGUCGGCGGACAUCUUUGUUUAUCCUGUUGCAUCUUCAUCUUCUGAUCACAGUUCCUCCUCUGAGAGACAGCGCCCGAGCAGCGACAGCUCCUCGGUCACGGCCUUGACAUUCAGUGAGACGCCAGCAGUGUGCAAACUCACCAGGUCUGCCUGCAUUCAUCGCUCCAACACCAGUGCUGAUUUUAAGCCAAGCCAAAGACAAGAGGAAAACCAGAGGAGUGAAACGGAGCGAGAGAGAGAAAAAGAACUGUUGAUUGACUGUGUGAAGAACCAGGAUUUUAAAAAGCUCCAGGAACUGCACCAGAAGGGGGCAGAUCUCACAGUUCUUGACCAGUCAGACUGCAGCCUGCUGCACCAUGCUGUCAGCACAGGAAGUAAAGAGAUGGUUCGCUACAUUCUGGACAACGCUCCGAAUGACCUGCUUGACGUCACAGAGAAGCUUUACGGUGAGACAGUCCUUCAUCGAGCUGCGUCUCUGUGCCACAGAACCAUCUGUCAUUAUCUGGUUGAAGCCGGAGCUUCACUGAUGAAAACAGACCUUCAGGGGGAUACGCCAAAAAACCGAGCAGAGAAGGCACACGAUGCUGAACUGGCUGCCUACCUGGAGAACAGACAGCACUAUCAGAUGAUUCAGAGAGAAGACCAGGAAACAGCUGUGUGACAGUGAUGUCACCCUCUCACUGAGCAGGAGCAGCUGUCUCCUUUUUCUUCCCUUUCCCAAAGACAGUGGGUCAUGGAUGCUGCUGUGAGGAAAGGAUUCCUGAUAUGGGUCCUUUCUGGGAAGCUCUAUGAAGCUAGGUCAUCAUGUGUGGUGAUCAGACUGAGGAGGAGGAAGAGGAGGAGGGUGAAGCUUGUCUUAAUGAAAGGGAAGAUUAUGACACGAGUUCGGGAGGCGGUAGAGCUCCUCUUUGACGUUUGACAUUGACUUGUUCGAGAGUCGACUCGAUUUCCUCCACCUUUGAUUCCGUUUCAUCUCAAACACUGAAGUGAUCGUCUGCCAUGAAUUAAUCCUACCGCCGUGAUUCUGUGUGGCUUAGCUGUUCCAGUAUUAGUUUGAAAUCAAGUUCAGCCGAACUAGUGUAAAUGUUUUUAGUUGAGCCUUUAAAUUUUUAACGAGGCUUUCAGAGUCUCACAGACCAGAUCAUGGUUGUUUGUGUGUUUGCCUUGGAUUAGAUGUCAACAGUUUGUCCAGUGAAAUCAGCUAAUAGUAUCUCACAAAAUGUAGAUGGAGAUGGAUCAGCAACAGUUCCACUUCCAGAACUAAGGGGGUUCAGUUGAAUCAUUGAAGCCAAUGAAAAUCAUAACAGCAGUGUUUCUGUUAUCAUGUAUAGAGAGGAUUAAAAAACAAAGAAAAUGUAAACUUUAAUCUUUUAGUCCAGUUUUUUAAUCUAGUGUUGAUUUUCCUGAAUUUCCUACGAAAGCUAACAGGAGCACAAACGUCCUGAGAAGUUGGCCACUCAAAUGGAGCCGUAACAGGUCACAGUACAGUCUGAGCUCCAGUAUGAACAAGGACUGAAAUCAUUUUCAGUUGUAGUUUUUAACAUAGUUGGAUGUUUCUGAGUUGAGGUUGGACGAUUUGUACAGUAUGUGUGUGUAUUGUAUUUGGGGCCAAAGUACUUCCUGUAGAUUUGUGGCCUACUGUAAAUGGUAACAUCUCAUGAAGAACCACAAUAUCAGGGACCUUUUGUUCAAUUUCAGAGCCUGGUUAAUCUGGAUUUGAUUUUCUGCCUGCGUUACUUUUAGGGGUCUCAGCUCAAACCACUUUACCACUGGUUUGCUCCUGCAUAUAAAGUCGCCCCCCUAAAAAAUGCCAUACUGAUCAAAUUGGGUAUCCAUGAACUGUACAUCAGUCAAACAGUGUUGAAGAAACGCCAACUGAAGUCACUGUUUUAUCAGUGAUUUCAAAGGUGUCAGUGUAAAUACCUUCUAAUGUGUUAUAUCAAUUAAAACAGCAGAAAUUAGUAUAGAAUAAUUUAUCUGAUCAUCAUGAUCUGAUCAUGUAGUAAAACACCAAAAUAUUUUGGGUCAUUAAAGUUCAUUCUCUGAUUGGCUGAACUGCUAAUAUCCACAGUCCAGUUCUGGAGAUAAAUAUGAAACCUUUUUUUUCAAGUUAAAGAACCACCAACUGCAUUGAGAAAAAAUAAAGUGAGGAAGGGUCUCUUGAUAUACCCAACUUGUAAUCCUUUAUCAUCACACUGCCCCCUACUGAUAACAGAUAAUGGAAGAUUUUAUUCAUUGUGUCAAAGUAUCAGGGGAAAUGUAUGGCUGAAAUGUUCUCUGCCAUAGACUUAGCAAAAUGGAGAGACUUCAUAGACAAAAAAAACCAUUGUAAUUUUUUAGUACAUUGCCUCCUACUGGCAACAGGUAAUAUUUUACCAGAACAAAAGUAGGUGUAUGUAUCUCUCAGAAGCUAGACCAGAGCAGUUAAUAUUUAUCCUUCCUUGGUUGUCAUAGUGCCACCUAGUGGACAUACUUACUGGUCCUAUCAGCCUCUACAGAAGGUGCUCCGGCUGUUUCAGUGCUGAAGUUUUUCUGAGUCAAACAAGUUAUUUAAAUAAAAAAUAUAAAUAUCUGUUAGUAUUGAACAUUAACGUUUUAUUGCUGUAAAAUUGAGAUGCAAUAUCUUGUUGCUAUAUUUCUGUAUCCACUGAUGUGAUCUUUAGAAAGCUGAAGUUUAGUCUUUGUGGUUAUGAUGAACGUCCUCCCACUAUGAGUCAACACAGCGGCAACUGCUGAAGCUCAGCACUGACACAACAACCACAGCAGCCUCUCGUCAGUUCUUCCCUUCGGGUCUUAACAUCUGAACUGAGUGGGUGUUUUUAAGACAUCACAGUAAAUUUGUACAUGUUCUGAUUUUCUUCAUCAUGGUUUAUCUUUGCCUGAAAUUCCCUUUAACCCUCUCAUGCCUGUGGUAAAACCUAAUGUAAGCACAUUCCUUUUAAAUAAAUGGUUUUAAUUUUCUAAUUCACUUUCCAUUUUCCAUCAAAUGUAGACGUCUAAUGUUUAUCCAUUUAGGAGCUAAUGGCUAACACUAUAAUAGUUAACUUAUUCUUAUUUAGAAAAUAAAAUCUUCAUGUAUUUUACAGUAGGACUGUUUAAACUCACUCACUGCUUUCCAACCUUUUUUUCAAUGUGACCCCAUUCUGAUUCAAAUUUGGGGCGACACUGGGAAUUUUCUUUUUUCUAGAAUUAGUUUUGGAUCUUUUUUUUCUACUAGAAAAAUGCAGCAACUAGAGUAUGUAGUCGCUUGUGGAGUCAUGUGAUUGCAGCCUUCAGUCAAGAUGCACCGGCUGAGUUGUUUUUAUUUGCCCAAAUUUAAUUGUAUUUAUGAUACGAAUGAAGCUUUGACAAGUUCUACCAGCCACUGUCAAGGUGCACAGUAACUGUAGUAACUACGGUAACUAAUGAUUUAGUAUUGUGGUUUUUUCUUAUUAAUCAUCACAUCCCUUUAUUUUUCGGAUUAGUCACAAAUUAAAAAAGGUUUUAAACACAAACACCAACCUGCUGUUAGUCGUUAAUCAGAAUGUUUCCUUGGCAUCUGUAACCUUACAUUUGUUGGCUGUGACCUUACUCAGUCUGUAAAGUCACUUCAGUUCAUCUUUGUUUGCCUCACAUGGCCAUGACGUGGAAGUACGCUCUAGGAUGGAAGAUGUCUUGGCGACGUCUGGACAGACAGUAAAAUGUGAAAUAUUGAACUUUACAAUUCAAUACUUUUACCCUGUCUGUAAGGAACUGUGGUUGCAGGUGUGUCCAUAAGGGCUAAGGUGUGUGUGACGUAGUUCGGGUAGAGCCUGUGAGCUGACUGGAGAUGCUGUUGGAGAGACGAUGUAGAGAUGGUUUGAACAGUCAAUAUGCUGAGAAGAGACACUUAAAAGACGCCAGAGAAGAUUUAUGGAUGUGUGAAGGAGGACAUCAAACAGCUGAGGAGUCAAAGAUAGAGAGUGAUGUGCUGCAGCGACCCCUCUGGGGGGAUAGUUAAAAAAAAAUUGUCUUCUAGCCAAUUUCCAGCCACAUUAAACAAUAACAACCUUUGAUUCUUUUUCACAUCACAUUAAUUAAUGUUCACUUACACUUAUUAAUUAAUUCACUGUCCACAAGCUGAAGACAUAUUUCUCAUAGCUUACUUUACAUUAUUUAUUCUCAUUGCCGCAAGCUUUAGCGUUAUCUUUAUUUUUAUAUUUUUAGAUAUCAUCCUGACCAUUUUUUUGGCAUUUUUCUGUGUGUAUUUUAGCUGCCAUUAAACCAUUUAGACCUGACAUACGUUUCAGUUUGCGAUCAUUGAGCUACUUGUCUUUUAAACACAGUUUUAACUAUACGUUGAAGACAUCCGAGUUUAAAUUGGAUUGUGCUACAUUAACUUUCUUUCUUUGUGUUUUUCAAGGAACUUUUUUCUCAUCAAUGGCUCCCAAAUGUAAGUCAGACUCUUCAGAUGUUUAUUUGUCCUAGAUUAUGAUGUUACUGCUGUGUUAGUGUAGAGAAGUGACACAGGUACUGUUGUACAGUAUGUGAGUUCUGACUUACCGUGAAACACAGUCAUGUCAAAGGCCCCCCUGUGAAUUUGACCUAAGGUAUAAAAUAUUGCUGUUGGACACAUAAUAUACGUAGAUAGCAGCAGUGUUUUAACAACCUCUGUGUGCUAUGAUGCAAAAUGAGAGAAGCAGAGAAGUACUGCAGUUG